AACCUUACGGAAUUGAAUCAGAGAAUUAGAAGCAGAGGGCAAGAAGCUCACGAUGGACAUGAAGGUGAAAGAAGACCAGAUCAGAGAACUAGAACUGAAAGUUCAGGAGCUUCAGAAAUAUAGAAAUUAGAAGGAUACUGAGGUGUUAAUGUCAGCCCUCUCGGCCAUGCAAGAUAAAACACAACACCUGGAGAACAGUCUGAGUGCAGAGAUGAGAAUCAAGCUGGACCUGUUCUCUGCACUGGGGGAUGCGAAUCGACAGCUCAAGUUCACGCAAAGACAAAUUUUUCAGAAAGACCAGGAAAUUAAGGACCUUAAACAGAAGAUAGCUGAAGUCAUGGCCGUCAUGCCCAGCAUAAUGUACAGUGCCACCACCAGCCACCUGAGUUCCGUUUCGCCCCACUACUCUUCCAAAUUUGUGGAGACCAGCCCCUGUGGACUCGAUCCCGAUGCCUCUGUUUACCAGCCCCUGAAGAAAUGAAGACCAGCUGUGGGUUUUGCCCAAC